AUGGCGUUUUGGAUGAGAGCAAGCCAGGCCUGGGGAAGCCGUUUCCCUGGCGCUGGGCUGCUGUUUGGUGCAGAAAACAGGAUUUUGCUGCCCAGCUGCUCCAACAAGUCAUCAAGUCUUCUAACGCUCACUAUAGAGGAAAUACCUGCUGGAUACCUGCUGGAAAGGAAAGAAAUGUUUUCCACCACCCCAACGGGAAACCGGGACUGUGGUUUCUCCGAGACCGUACCCCUCGAUUGCUUUGGCAAGACAACCCCCUCCAUCCCGAACCACCUGGUGAAAAUCUUCCACUUCCUGGGCAAGCAGGAGACGGCCAAACCGAUAUGCAAUAUGGCACUGGAGGUCCUGCGGGACCAACAGCUCAACCGACAGGCGCACUGCACCCUGGCAAGGACCCACAUGAAGAUGUAUCUGCAAGAUCUGGAACAUGCCAAGAUGGGACAGGGCCCGGUGCCUGACAGAAGAAAGCUCAUGCAUGCUAAAAAUCACCUCGAAGGGUCCUCCCCCCCGCCGACUUUAGACAAAGCCAUGGAGUUUGACCUGGGUGAUACCAUACCCAAACUGCAGCUCUUCAGGGGCAAAUGCCUGUGGCUUAAAAGCCAGGAAACACUCGCCAUCGAGUGCUUCAAGCAGGGCAUUGAAGUGGACAAUGCAGGCACCACCAAGAGCUUGUGGUGCCUCUGGCAGACACUGCUCCUGCUUUUUGGUAAGAUGAAGCUGCAGAAGAAAACACUGAUGGACGAGGUGGAGCAGUGGGUUAAGAAAGUUGAGGAGAAAUUCCCCCAGCAGCACCUGCAGCAGGAGCUGAGGGCUGUCUGCCACAACCACUCGCCAGAGGUAACCAGGCUCCGCAAAGCCAUGGUCGCACAGGGGAGGACGGCACUGGCGAAGCUGCUGUUGGGGACGAUGAAGGCCAAUUUUUCCACGGGCGGGAUGAAGGAGCGGCCACUGACCCCCUGA